AUGCAUCAACAAACUGGGGCAGGGAGAGCGGCGGAGAGCGCGAGGCAGCCGCCGGCAGCGGAGGAGAAGGGAGCAGACACAAAAGCAGCAGCUCCGGCCGACGCGUGGGCUUGGGCCGUGGUGCUGCACUUCUUCCUGGUGAACGUGCUCCUCAUGGGAAUGCUCAAAACCUUUGGAAUUUUCUUCGUGGUGUUCCAAGAGGAGGUGGGAGGCUCCUCCGAGCAGAUCAGCUGGAUCGGCUCCAUCAUGUCCUCUCUGCGCUUCCUGGGAGCCCCCGUGGUCGCCGUCGUGUGUGGCAAGCUGGGCGAGCGGCUCACCUCGGUGGCAGGGGCCGGCCUGGUGGCCGGGGGGUGCCUCAUCAGCACGCGCGCCACCAGCGUCCCCUUCCUCUGCGUCUCCAUGGGGCUCCUCGCCGGUAUGGGCUUCUCCUGCCUUUACCAGGCGGCUGCYGUGAUGAUGGCCAAACGCUGCAGGAGGCGCCUGGCUUUGUCCAGCGCUAUCGCCCGCUCGGGCAUGGGGCUCACGUUCCUCCUGGCACCCUUCACGCAGCUCCUCAUUGACUUCUACGGGUGGCAAGGGACCUUGCUGAUAUUUGGAGGCAUCAUGUUAAACCUGGUGCCUUCCAGCAUGUUACUGCGGCCCGUGAGCUCCCAGCCACUGCCUGCUAAAAGUGAGAAUUCGAGGAAAGAUUCGGAGACCUGCAUGGGACACUUGGAUGAAGCCACCACCAGGGAGACGCAGCUCCAAAACCCAACGGACGUGCCCACCACGGGAGGGCUCAAGGAUGGCCCAUCGGGCAACCGCUCUCUGGAAGGAGCCGCCGAUGCCCAACGGGGCUGCGAGCCACGAGCCGGCACGGGCACCGUGCCGCCUUGCCUCGACUUCUCCCCGCUGAAGGAUCCCGUCUUCUUCAUCUUCACGUGGUCUUUCCUGUUCAGCCAGCUCGCCUACUUCGUUCCGACCUUCCACCUGGUCGCGAGGGCCAGGACGCUGGGCAUCAGCAGCAUGGACGCCUCGUACCUGGUCUCAGUGGCUGGCAUCACGGAGAUGGUGAGCCAGCUGCUCUCCGGCUGGAUCGCCGAUCGGAACUGGACCAAGAGGUACCACUACCACAUGACCUACCUCGCGCUCUGCGGCAUCACCAACCUGCUCUGCCCGCUGGCCACCACGUUCCCCUGGCUCAUGGCCUAUGCUGUCACCUUCGGCAUCUUCUGCGGUGGCUUCCUGGCGCUGGUGCUGCCUGUGCUGGUAGACCUGGUUGGCGUAGAAAAGCUCCAUAGUUACUUGGGAUUUUCUGCCUUCUUUGCUGGGAUAGCAGCCAUCGGGGGACCUCCUCUAACAGGGUGGCUCUAUGACUACACUCAGACAUAUGUCUGCUCUUUCCUGUUCGCCGGAGCCUGUGCUCUCAUCUCACCUAUUUCCUUCUUCUUUGAGCCUCUGGCCCAGAAAUGGAAGCUAAAAAAAGACAGGCUCGGCAGAGCUCCUGCGCUCGGCUGAAGGGA